UCUAUAAUGUUGUUGCGUAACAUACACAAAGAGCUGAGCAUUUGACGACAUCCCCUGCAGGCCUUGGCCCUUGUCGUUUAAGCCCGGCCUCUGAUUCAGAGGUUAGGAAUUUGCAUCUGAUCGCUAUUUGUCACCCAAUGAUUUGUCUAUCCAAGAAAUGUGCACGCCUAAGAGUGGGGAGGGGGUCGGUAUGUCCAAUUUAGCAGUCGCCCAUGAACUGUGCAAAAGAAAGGGGAAAAUAUAUUUUUAGAAUCUUAAGCAUUUCCUAUAUGGUUUUAGAUAAUAUAACAGGAGGAGAGGAUUAAGUUUUAUCUAAAACCCCGGACGCAUAUACGGGGGUAAAAGUUUUAUAACCCCGAUUACCGGAAUUACUGCAGGCAGUACACAGGGGAACCAUUUUCACCUGACUCGGGCUUGAAGACGGAUGCAGUAUCAAUGUACAAUACAAAAAGGAACAAAUGGCAGUAUCAGCAGUGUUUCAGGUCCGAAGAAAUAACAGACAUCCUGAAUGAUCCCAUCCAUCCCCACCCCUGCAGAAAAACUACUGAGUGAACUGAAGUGCAUUUAUGGUGGGAAAUCGUUGUUUCACCAGGCGAAGAACAGGGUAGUGUGCACAGACUAGCCAGGUGGCUCCAUAGCUUAGUAGUGUAUGGAAGGAUUUUGUGAAUGAAGAGUGGAAUUGACUCUCCUGCAGUUUUUCACUUGUGGAGUUUGGCUGCUAAUCGGAGGUCUGUUUUGUGGAAUUUGUAAAGUAAAAAUUGUAUUUUGAUUUUGCUUACUGUUGUGGACUAAAUUACUACUGAGAACACUAUCAAACCAUGAAGCUGCAGGCAGUAAUGGAAAAUCUGCAGAGGCAGCAGCGUGCACGGCUUCAGCAAGAAUUGGAAGCUAGGCAGCAGCAUCAGGAGCACACAACGAUGCGCUCAUCUAGUGCUUCAAGCCAGAACUCUGGACCACGAGGAGGAAAUAGUAAUGCUAACUGGACAGGUGUACGGCGGGAGGACAGUGCAGCUGCUGUUGAAGCUGCACCUACUGAAGAUGGAGAUUCAGAUCAUACACUGAUCCAACGUGCACAGAUAGCUGCCUUAGCUGCAAUGCGAGCAGCAGCUGCAGGACUUGAUUGUAAAGGUAGUCCAGGGAUGUCUGGUAGUAGCCAUUCUUCAGAUGAAGGGGAAGGGCUAGAGGAUGAAGAGGAAGAUGAGUUGGAACAAGGCAUUGACAGAUUUCGGGAUACAGGGUCUGAAGAGGAAGAUGACGAUUCCCUCAGGAAACGCAAAUGGGAUGAAGAGGAUUAUGAUGAUGAUGAGAUGGGGGAAGAAGGGUUUGAUGAAGAUUUGGAGGAGGAAGAAGCAGUCAAGCCAAGUCCAAGAGCAGUACAUCACAAGUCACUGCUCCAGCAGCAGCAGAAAGGAGAUGUACAGCAAUUAUCUUCUGGGCAAGAUCUGGCUGCCCGGCAAGCACACCUAGGCCAUUCACAGCUACAGCAACAGAUGCAGGACCAUGGGGACUGGACAUAUGAGGAGCAGUUUAAACAGCUGUAUGAACUGAAUGAUGACCCAAAGAGGAAGGAGUUUCUGGAUGAUCUCUUCAGUUUUAUGCAGAAGCGAGGUGGCAACAAGGGAAUGGCAGGGUUUGCAUGCCUGCUUGAUAGCAGCAGUAGUUCUGAGAUGGAAUAUCAAAUUCAGGAGAGUUUGAGGCAGGAUAAGAGGGAAAUUUUCAUGAUGAUAGUGUCUCAUUUGCUGCAGAUAGUGGAUCUUAAUAGCUGUUAUAUGAAUGCUCUCUGCUACAGAAAAGUGAUGGAGUUGUUUCCUUUGAACAGAUACAUGAAGUACCUGUAUCCAUAUGAAUGUGAAAAAAGAGCGUUAAGUAAUCCCACUGAACUUCAGGCUGCAAUCGACAGUAACAGGCGAGAAGGACGGAGACAUAGUUUCGGGGGAUCUUUGUUUACGUAUUCACCUACAGGUGCACCCACCAUUCUUUCCUCUCCUAAACUUCAGGUACCUUCUCUGGGUUUAGCAGCAGCAACCAAUGGCAGUCCUAUGACACCAAUUCAAAAAAUUAAAAAAGAUACACGACAAGAAACAGCAAUGAACCUGAGUCUGAAUGGCACAAACAGUAUCAGCAUGUCAGUGGAAAUUAAUGGAAUCGUGUACACUGGUGUGCUCUUUGCCCAGGCACCAGCCACAUCAUCGUCAUCAUCAAAUUAUACCAAAGGAAACCACAGCAAAAAUAGUGGAUCUCAGGGUGUCUCCACUGUCUCUGUGCCUCCUGCAUCUACCUCUAGUAACUCUUCGCCUUAACCAUGGCCGUACCUCAUAAUGCCAAAACCGCAUCUGUCACUGCAGAG